AGAGGCAAAACUCUAGUGUUCCACGAGACGCUCCACCAGGAGCUGGUAUCAUGGAUGCCCUGGUUCUAUUUCUGCAGCUGCUGGUGCUGCUCCUGACUCUACCUCUACACCUACUGGCUCUGCUGGGCUGCUGGCAGCCUAUAUGCAAAACCUACUUCCCUUACUUCAUGGCCAUGCUAACAGCCAGGUCCUACAAAAAGAUGGAAAGCAAGAAACGGGAACUAUUUAGCCAGAUAAAAGAUCUCAAGGGGACUUCCGGCAACGUGGCCCUGCUGGAGCUGGGCUGCGGCACCGGUGCCAACUUCCAGUUCUACCCACAGGGCUGCAAGGUCACCUGUGUGGACCCAAACCCCAACUUCGAGAAGUUCCUGACAAAGAGCAUGGCUGAGAACAGGCACCUCCAAUAUGAGCGCUUCAUUGUGGCUUACGGAGAGAACAUGAAACAACUGGCUGACAGCUCCAUGGAUGUGGUGGUCUGUACCCUGGUGCUAUGUUCUGUGCAGAGCCCCAGAAAGGUCCUGCAGGAAGUCCAGAGAGUCCUGAGGCCGGGAGGCCUACUGUUCUUCUGGGAGCACGUGGCUGAGCCUCAGGGAAGCCGGGCCUUCCUGUGGCAGCGAGUUUUAGAGCCUACCUGGAAACACAUCGGAGAUGGUUGCCACCUCACCAGAGAGACCUGGAAAGACAUUGAGAGGGCACAGUUCUCCGAAGUCCAGCUGGAAUGGCAGCCCCCUCCCUUCAGGUGGUUACCUGUUGGGCCCCACAUCAUGGGAAAAGCUGUGAAAUAAACUCUCCCCAAGGAUGCCAUCUGAUCUCCCCAUCUGCAGCCAGAAGUCACCCCAAUACAGUACUUCUAAGGAGGGGUCAGGUAAAGCAUGAGAGAGACUCUCAGCGCCGCCGCUGCCGCUGCCAGGGUGAUCAUUCAUCAGUUUCGGCCACUAGAGACAGAAAACUACACUGCUAAGCCCUGGACUUUGCCCAACCCCUUUCUAGGACCGUUUUCUCCCUCUCUCUUGUCCCUAUGGUAAAGUUCUCCCUGGCGUCCUUCUGAAACUACACCAUGUGGCCCCUUGGAACUAAUCCCAAGUCAAUGCGUGUAUCCCCUGCCAGGCUGCCUCAGCCUCCCUCCCCAUUACCCACUCUGUCCCCGGGGUUCGGAGGAAUGGGCGAGCAGAAAAACCUUAGGAUGAGAGAGCGGCACUCAAUAAAGCAGCCAGAGAUUUUAUUGUC